AUGGCUGAAACGUCGGCAUCUCCGACAAAGCGAUCUGUUCCAGCUCCGGUGCUAUUGUCCGAUUCGGCGGCGAAAGACAUGAUGAUCAGCUGGUUUCGCGGAGAGUUCGCGGCGGCCAACGCCAUCAUCGAUGCGCUGUGCGGGCACCUAAUGGAGGGGAACGGAUCGGCGGCGGAAUACGAGGGUGUGAUGGCAGCGGUUCAUCGGCGGCGGCUCAACUGGAUCCCAGUGCUCCAGAUGCAGAAAUACCAUUCAAUCUCUGAGGUCACGCUCGAGCUACAGACAGCGACGGCCAAGAGGCUCGACAAAGGCAUUGUGCAGAAUGCAGAAAUCGACGAUGAUUCCCCAACUAGCGAUAUCACAGAUUCCGGAAGUGGAGAAGAAGAGGGGGUGAUGAGGAUAUGCUGGAAGCACGAGGAAGAAUGCGAGUCAGGGGUGAAGCAGUCAAAGCGUUUCUCGGCAAAGGAACAUGUCAGAGGACACACGACCAAUGUUGUCAAGGGGCUAAAACUGUACGAGCAUGUCUUCACUGGAACUCAACUCUCCAAGCUUCUGGAUUCUGUGAAUGUGCUCCGUGAGGCUGGUCGGAACCAUCAACUUUCAGGGGACACCUUUGUUCUCUUCAACAAGAACAGUACUACAGGAACCAAGAGAGAGCUUAUUCAGCUUGGAAUUCCCAUUUUCGGGGAUGAACACUCAGUGGCACCUAUCCCAAGCCUUCUUCAAAGUGUGAUCGAUCAUCUCCUUCAGUGGCGCGUGAUUCCCGAAUACAAACGACCCAAUGGCUGUGUCAUCAACUUCUUUGACGAGGAGGAACACUCCCAACCAUUCCAGAAGCCACCUCACGUGGAUCAACCCAUCUCCACUCUUGUCUUGUCUGAAUCAACCAUGGUCUUUGGACACAGGCUCGGGGUCGACAAUGAUGGCAACUUCAGAGGCUCACUCACUCUCCCUCUCAAGCAAGGGUCGUUGCUUGUGAUGAGAGGUAACAGCGCCGAUAUGGCUAGGCACGUCAUGUGUCCAUCCCCCAACAAAAGAGUCGCUAUCACCUUCUUCAAACUCAAACCGGUCUCCGGUAAGGUCCAGCUGCCGCCAACCCUAUGGCGACCACCUCCCCCAUACGGAGUGGUCAGAGCUCCAUUGGUGAUCCUAGCUCCGCCUCCCAAGAGGCUAGACGCCGGCACUGGAGUUUUCUUGCCGUGGACACCGCCACUGUCAAGAAAACCAGCCAAGCAUCUGCCUCCGCGCGUCCAGAGGCUGCGUCUCCUAUCAUCAGCCAAGUCGGUGGCUGUUCGUGAAUCCUCUUCGCCGGAGAUCGGAGUGAGCUGA